UGUUAGUGCGUUCCGCUUUCCACCACUUUCCACUUCCGGAGCUUGGACGGUAGAGUCAGUAGAGUGGGGCAAAGCAGAAGUCCGACAGAAGGGAGGAGGUUGUGUUGAACAUUGUUUAGUUACUGUAAAAUGUCAGCGGUUUCGAUUUUGCCGGCUUCCCAAGAGAUUAUUCACGUCGUAAAUGAAAGUAACUUAUGUAAAAUCGAAAGCUUCCUCAAUGACACGGCAUACAGGGAAGCCAUUGAAAAUUCUUCCACUUAUAAUAGCCGACUAUGCAGGGAGCGACGUUUGCGUAUGCCAUUCCUCGAUUCUCAAACAGGUAGGGUAGCACAGAAUCAUUCUGCGCUAUUUAUGUCAGCGAGAGAAAGACUGCCUGGUUUGCUACAUGGUCAGAUAUACACAUAUCCCAGUAAGAGAUGGAGAAAAAAACGGCGACAGUAUUUGAUGCAUUAUUUGCAUCCAAAGAGAGGACCAAGAGGUGAUAUCGAGGAAGUCGGUGAGGGUGUUGAGACUAUAACUCAUGUAAAUGAUGACAGCAAAGAUUCGGUGGCACUUAAAGAUGAACAUAGUAAAGAUGCCUGGUACUAUGAUGAGCAAGACAUGUUGGAUAUAGAUACGUACGAGGAACCCGAUGCUGAAAGUGAUUACGAUUAUGAGGAAAGUUACAGUAGUAAAAGGAAAAGAAGGAAACCUCGCGGAGGUGGCCAUCAUCCUGCUCGAAAUCAUCCAUCUUCCACAGACAGUCCAGGGGGCAAACGUACUAAGGGUGGGGGACGUGGGCGCAAAAAAACCAACUAUGACGCUGUUGACACUGAUAAGCCAUUCGUUUGUGACCUAUGCAGCGCACGGUAUAAAACCAGACCUGGUCUGGUCUACCAUUACGGUCAUUCCCACUCUACUUCCUCCGGUGAUCCUGCAAAGGAACUAAGUCCCAGUCCUGCCGAAGUUGAACCUAGGAGCGUUGCAGACACCGCUGCUUCGAACCAGCCAGGUGGUACGCGUCGAGGUCGUCAGAAUGCAACUUCGUCGAGCACGUCGAGCCCGUCGCCCGCGACGCCCUCGGCGUCGGUAGCGGGCGCGUCCUCGACGCAACCCUCGCCGCAGCCGCAGCAGCCGCAGCCGCCGCAGCAGCCACCUCAGCAGCAGCCUGCUACGCAGCAGCAGCAACAGCAGCAGCAGCCGCCGUCGUCACAGCAGCAGCAAUUGUCGGCUUCGCAGACGGCGGUUGCUCCGGCGUCGCCGAUACCAAACGUCAAGGAGGAACACCUGCCAGCGGUCUCGUCGCCCGGGACCGCCGUCCCGUCUCCGUCUUCGAGGCCGGAGGGCCCGCCGACCCCCGGGGCGAACGAAAAAAAAGCUGGCAAGUCAGCGCAACCGUCCCCGUACUGUGACUUCUGCCUGGGCGAUGCUAGGGAAAAUAAAAAGACCGGCGGCUCCGAAGAGUUGGUCUCAUGCAGUGAUUGCGGUCGCUCAGGGCAUCCGACUUGUUUGCAAUUCACUGCGAACAUGAUCGUUUCUGUUCGCAAGUACAGGUGGCAAUGUAUCGAAUGCAAAUGCUGUUCCAUUUGUGGCACUUCUGACAACGAUGAUCAGCUGCUGUUCUGUGACGACUGUGAUCGUGGGUACCACAUGUAUUGUCUGUCUCCACCUCUCGCAUCUCCUCCCGAAGGGUCCUGGUCUUGCCGUCUGUGCAUAGCAGAGUUUCAUCACCGUGAUUAAAAAAAAAAAAAAGAGAAAUGAAACAAUCUUUUUGUCUCGUAGAUAAGUGACGGAUUUUAUCCAAUAUGCUGUGGUGCAGUGGCCGUUUUCGAAUUAGGAGAGUAUUCGAAGCUCGCGUAUCUCUUAUGAUAAAUAGUAUUACGAUAGAUGCGGAUGGUACUUUCAAUCGUCGAGGAAGCAUCCUUUUUUUUAAUCUAAGAAUAUCUAUAAUAACAUUGGCAGCGCCAAUUUUGGCAGCACUAAUUAUACGUUUCUUUCUUCUUCUUUUUUAAUUUAAGUUCCAUUAACUGGGAUCGAUCGAUGGGAAAACGGGAAAAAUUGUCCCGUCGGGAGUUGGGAAAUAGUAAAGGAUAGGAAGAUUUUGAAUAAGUUUUUUACUUCACUGUUUUUCCAGUCGCGAGUCCCUUAAAUAAGAAAAAUAACAUAAAGUAUUUGUAGUUUAUCGUGCUACGUUAGAUUAUCUCAGGCAUUGGUGAUCUCAGAGAACUAUGAUAAUUACGUAUUUAUAAUUUUAACCAGCUAGCGUUUAUCAGUAGACGUACGAUGUGCUCGAAGAGCCGCGUUAAUAGGCGAGCAUUCUCUUUCAAGCGUGCCGUUAAAGUUAAUGGGAAAUAAAUGGGAUAAUCCUAGUUCAAGGACUCUGACAUCAAACGUCGUCGCAUCUUUACAUGGACGCAGAAAGAUCGGCAUCCAUUUAUUAUUUCAAAAUUAAAGAGACGCGAGUCGCGUUCUCUACGGUAAUUACAUUAUUAAUAUGAAGUUUUAAAGAAACCGUAAUUCAACGAUUUGUAACAUUGACAAAUACUCUCCUAGUUCCCCGGGCCGGUAUUAUUUUUAGCCAUUGACAUUCGAAGUUCGGUUGCUUUUACAAUUUGCGGAACUGCUUUACACUUUUAAACGAGAUCUCAAAUUUUUCAUAAACUCUAGCCGCCUGCGGCGUCGCCGUGGCUCGGUCCGAAGAGCCGAGCCUCGCGAACGAGACGGAAGCAGCAACAAGAGAAUAGAGGAAUAAUUGAUAUUCUAGGAAGAACACGAUAUUUAAAUAGCAUCUGUUUCAUAAAUAGCGAUAAAUAGAACACUGUCUGUUUAUCUGUACUGUAUCAUGAUACUAAAAGCUUUUACACUUAACGACACAGCCAUUAGUAGCGGUAUAGCUAAACGAACGAUACGAAACUUGUGCGGUGGUACCACAGAAGAAAAAUUAUAUUCUAUACGUCAUUUUAUUAAUUGUUAGCUCAGUAUUUUUAUAUUUUAUACAUUGAAUGUACUUAAUUUAAGAUUAUACCACGGUGAUAUUUGGUAUUCGUCGAUGUAACGCGUUCUCAUUAAUUCUUUUCCUUCAUUCUAUUCUACUUUUUCUUUUUUUUUUUUAAAUUCGGUAAUUUUAAGGUCGCUUACCCGUUGUGGAAUUGCGUGCUAGGUAGAUAGAACGAAAUUAGUCUAUAAACAAAUUCUUUUCCUCUCGAGUUCGAAACGGAUUUACGUUUUAUAUCGCUUAUUUUUAACACACUGUAUGCAAAUCUGAAUAAACACCAGUAUACAACUGAA